GAAAUACGCAAUUGCGGAAUGCUAAAUUUCGCAUGCGAAAUUUCGCGCCCAGCCCUGGUUCGAACCCGUGCCCCCUAAAAAUAAAGUCAAAAAUGCUUUACCACUUAACCACCGAGAGUUUUCACAGACUAAUGACGCCAAAUUUCAGAAUUUCUCAGAAAAAAAAUUCAGAAUUUUUCAGAACAAUCAGAAUUAAAAAUCAGAAUUUAUCAGAAAAAAAAAUUUCAGAAUUUCUCAGAACAAUCAGUCCAAUAUUUAGUGGUGAGGUUAAAAAAUAAAAUCUUCAAAUGAUGGAUCAACCUCCCCCCAAUUCAUUAUCCAAAAGUUGGUCUUGUGCUGUCGAUUCCAACAACAUUUCUAAUAAAAAUAAUUUUCAUCAUCGUCCAUCAGCGUUGAGUGCUGUCAGUUCUCGACUUCCUUCCUUCGAUGGCUUUCAACUUUCCCCAAUUGAAGAUUUUAAUUUUGACCCAAACGAUAGGCAAUAUUUAUUUUGUUGUGGAAAGGGCCAUUCUACUGUUGGAGUGAAAGUGAUAGCUGGGUAUGUUUUUGGUUGGGAGUCCAUCCUCUAUUUUUAGAUACCCUUUUGGAUUCUCAAAAUAUUUUAAAACUGG